GGAAAAUUAGCUUGUGGAUUGACCUGGAUUCUGAAGAUGAGAAGGUUCGGAAGGAUUCGGAAAUUACUCUGAAGCAAGAAAUAGCUUGGGCUUCUCAUCUCUCAUUACAGGCAUGCCUUCUUCCUGCACCUAAGGGAGCAUCCUGUGCUAAUUAUGCAAGAUGUGUGAAUCAGAUUUUGCAAAACCUAAACAGUAUGCAGUUGUGGCUUAGGAUUCCACUAGAGAAGUCUGACGAUGAUGCUGUGAAUGGGAGCACUGAUCAUAUGGAUGGAGGAGAAUUCGAUUCCUGGGAAUUGUGGAAUUCCUUCCGUCUUCUUUGUGAACAUCAUAGUCAGUUAUCUGUUGCCCUUGAUGUUUUGUGCUCACUGCCUUCGACAAAUUCACUUGGACGUUGGUUUGGAGAGUCUGUUAGAGCAGCCAUUAUUCAUACUAAGACUUUUCUAACAAAUGCACGGGGAUACCCUUGUCUAUCCAAGCGUCACCAAAAGCUGUUGAUUGGAUUUUUGAACCAUUCUGUACAGAUAGUGAUUUCUGGAAAACCAGCACACAAUCUUCACAUGGGUAGCAUGGAGCUAGGCGUUAAUCAUACUGAUGAUCACACCAAUAGUAUUCAGAGACAUCCUCUAAGGUCAUACUUGGACUAUGUUGGUUAUCUAUAUCAAAGGAUGGAUCCCCUUCCUGAGCAAGAACGUUUUGAGCUUGGGUACAGGGAUUUCUUGCAGUCACCCUUGCAACCUCUAAUGGAUAAUCUAGAGGCCCAAACAUAUGAAACAUUUGAAAAGGAUACCGCCAAAUACAUCCAGUACCAAAGGGCAAUCAGCAAAGCUCUGCUGGACAGGAUUCCGGAUGAAAAAACAUCUAUGAUAACCGCUGUACUAAUGGUUGUGGGUGCAGGACGAGGACCUCUUGUUAGGGCAUCACUUCAGGCUGCUGAAGAAACGGGACGCACAUUGAGAGUUUAUGCUGUAGAGAAAAAUCCAAAUGCAGUCGUCACACUUCAUAGCUUGGUUAAUCUGGAGGGCUGGGAAAACAUUGUUACCAUAGUAUCUAGUGACAUGCGUUGUUGGGAUGCUCCUGAGAAAGCUGACAUCUUGGUAAGUGAGUUGCUCGGGUCAUUUGGUGACAAUGAGCUGUCACCCGAGUGUCUUGAUGGAGCUCAAAGAUUUUUAAAGCAAGACGGAAUCUCUAUCCCAUCAUCGUAUGUAUCAUCUUUCUAA